UCUUAAGAAUUAGGACUAAAAAGUCCUAAACAUGAUUUAGGAUUUAGCUCUAAAUAUAAAACACAAGUCAGCGAAAUAGUUUCACAUGAGCUUCCUGUAAUCACAGCGUCAAAUAUUUCCGCUUACGGUUAAAAUGUAAGGGAUACGAAUGACAGUAAUUGUUUAAUAGCUCCAUGCAAAGCUUAUAACAUCAUCAAAUCCUGAAGCUUGACGAAUUUACCGUCAGGCCUAGGCUGUUCCAGGUCAUUCGAGCGUAGCCGUACACCCAUAAAUAUGAGUAAUUCAUAAUGCGAGUGUUAUUUUGAUACUAUUCGCGUUACUGUUACGUUGUUUUAGCAACAUGAUCCCAAAAUUCUCUAUAUUAAUAAUAUGUUCCUUUCUGUCCGAAAUCUAUAGUCUAAACUGCCGGACAGAAGGUAGUCUGAAAAGCGAUGAGUUGAAGAAAAUUUAUAAUAACUGCUUGAAGCAACAAGAGGAGAAGAAUUAUAACGGUUUCAAAAAUUCAUCUGAAGACUGGGAAGAUCAUGGUUCAGAUAGAUCUGAAAAAGAAAGGAACAAAAAUAAGAGGACUAGAGAAGAAAAUAAAAACAGAGAACCAGUUAAGAACUGGAUGGAUGAUAGAUCAGACAGAUCGGUAUACGAAAGAGACGACAAUAGACAAAAUUAUCACGACCAGGGUAUGGAUGGAAAAAAUCAAUACAAUUACGGAAAAUCUCAUAACCAAAAUGACAGAAAAAUGGAUAACAAUCAUAGAAGGGAAGGGGAUUACAGAACUAAUGUUAACAAUUAUCAGCAAAACGAUCAUAAUAGCCAGGACCUUUAUCAAAAUGAUGAAUAUGGAAGUGAACGCAAUAUGUACUCGUAUCCUAGUCACCGUUAUAAACGAGAUCGAUCCGAAAAAAACUCUGGUCAGCGGAGCCAGUACAAUCCAAAUACUCCAAGAUCGGACGACAACCAUCGCGAAAGGAACUCGAGUGAUUCCAAAGAUGGCGGAAAUGCGUGUGCUAUGCACUGUUUUCUGGAUAACUUACAAAUGACAGGAGAAAAUGGAAUGCCGGAUCGUUACCUAGUAACCAAUGCGAUGACCAAAAAUUUGAGAAGUGAAGAUUUGAGGGAUUUUCUACAGGAGUCCAUCGAAGAGUGUUUUCAAAUUCUCGAUAAUGAGAAUACCGAAGACAAAUGUGAGUUUUCUAAAAAUUUAUUAGUCUGCCUAUCAGAGAAGGGACGAGCUACUUGUGAUGAUUGGAAAGACGAUAUACAGUUCAAUUAA